CAGCGAAACAGAGAGAGUGGAAGAAGAAGGAAGGGGAAGAUGGCGAGCGAAGAAGAAAAGGCUCUGGAGAAUGAGCUGGAAGAACAGUUACAGGAGCUGAGGGAUUCCCUCACCGCUCUCAACGACGCACUUGCUUCUGAUCCUUCCAAUUCCGAACUUCUCUCUGUUCAGGAGGAGCUAGUACAGUCGAUCAAAGAUGCGGAGGAUGGGCUUCUUCAUCUGAAGCGUGCACGGUUGUUGAAAGAAUUGGAUGUGGCAGCUGCACUUCAGAGCUCCAAUGGGUCUGCGGAGAAUGUCAAAGUAGAGCGUAUUGACAUUGACUCUAGUACGGAUGAUGGAGUGGAACCAUUGGAGGAAGAAGAACAGAAAGAGUUUUCAAUUGGGUCCAAUUGUAGAUUCCGUUUCAGUGAUGGACGGUGGUAUAACGGUCGGAUUAUUGGGUUUGAAGGUUCUGACGCUGCCAAGAUAUCUUUUCUCACCCCUACUUCGGAUAACAUGGUGAUGUGCAAGUUUUUCCUUCAAGAACGAUGUCGAUUUGGUACUAGUUGCCGCAUGUCACAUGGGGUUGAUGUGCCGUUAUCUUCCUUGAAAGAGUAUGUUCCUACAGUUUGGGAUCAGUCACUCGUGGGGUCCAGCAUUCUGGCAAUGCCUGACAAAAAUACCGCCGUUUGGAGGAAAGCUGAGCUUGAAUCUUGGGAUGAUGAACUCGGGUUAGGCAAAGUUGUUUUUCACAAUGAUGGGAGCUCUGCUAAGCUUUACCCUGAAGCUAUAUCCCUAUCUGAGUAUGCAAUAGUUAGCGAAGAAGAAGAAAGUGAUGAUACUGGUGCAGAACAAUCCGAUUCAAGUGAUUAUGAAGAAGGAGAAAGCCCCGACGCUAUAGGAUUCCUUGGAAGCACCAACCAACAAAGAGGCAUCCAAACGGAGACCACCAUGUUUGCCAAGUGGGAGAAUCACACCAGGGGCAUAGCUUCCAAGAUGAUGGCAAAUAUGGGGUAUCGUGAAGGAAUGGGUUUAGGAGCAUCUGGGCAGGGAAUGGUGAAUCCAAUCCCCGUGAAGGUCCAUCCAGGCAAGCAAUCGCUCGAACAUGCUCUAGAAUCUCAGAAACGUGAGGAGGCCGGCGGUGGAAAACAGCCAAAAAAGCGAAGCAGAGGUGGAAAGAGAAAACGUGAUAAGAAGUUUGCUGCGGCAGCUAGAGCAGCCAAAGCAGCAAAGGAAGAUGAGGAAACUCGACCAGAUGUGUUCAGUUUCAUCAAUGACCAACUAGCUGCAAAUGGUGGGUCGGUGGCCAAGAAGCAGCAAAAGACCAGUUCGGUCGAGAAGAAAGUGGACAGGCGAGCUCUGGUAGCUUAUGAAGAUGAGGUGAAGGAGUUGAGAAAUCGUGUAGAAAGGCUGGAGGAGAUGGCCAGUAGAAACAAGAAGGAGAAGUUGGUCUAUGAUGCCGCCAUGAGGAAGUUAAAGGAAGCUCGUAAAGCUUUGGAAGAUGCCGAGGCUACUCAUGCUUCUGCUACCAAUGCCGUGGUUAGCAAAGAGAAGGAGAAGAAGUGGCUCAAGUUUUAAAUAGGGCAUUGUUUGUUUCAUAUAUUUUUGUAUCAAUUGUGACAGAGAAUUAUCGAAGUUGAUGUUCAAUUCAAAAGUUGGCAUUGACACAAAACUCACUAUCAGUCUAUCACUAUCUCUUGUGGUCUCUAAUGAAAUUUGUUGUCUUGGUAGCAAUAACUGUGGAGGUGAAGUGCACUCCAGCCAAACAUAGUCCCGCCGAUACCAACAGAAAGGCCUUCCACUGCCGUUGAGACGCCAGAAUAGCCAACGCCACCAGAGCAAUAGCUGCACCAGAGAGCACAUUCCUCGCAGCAUUGAAAGUCCUGAAAGCGCCCAAGCAUUCCUUGCAGUGGACGACAUGCCUGAAGUAUCGGCUCGUCAGGUUGGGAGCAUGCAUCUCCAUGAUCCCUCCCUUAGCCGGCGGAGAAGCAGAUGCGCGAGCUAGAAAACCAGCAGGCGCUUGUUCCACGACAGCAGGAACCUGGGGCAGAGAAAUGGUGCUGUGCCCUAAAUGGUAAGGCAUUCCAUGCCCAACUUUAUCCAUCCAUUUCCGGUACUCGAGCACCCAUGUAUCGGAAGACCUCAGGUUUAUGUACAGCUUUUUGGUGGGAACUUUUUCCUUCAUCAGAACUUCAUUCUGCGACGACAGAAACCCCAUGUCCUGUUCGAAUAUCUUGCAGGAGAGGUUGUGUAUGAACCAUUUGGGUAUCCAUUUCGCCAGUUUAAAACCUUUAGUGGUACCGAACUGGACGAGAACCAUCGACUUCCCUUGGCCCGCCGGUCUACAGAGAAAUAACCCAGUUGCAUAAUGCUUCUCCCCAGUAUCAUCCGUAUAUUCUCUGACGUUUGACAGAACACAAGGAGCUUGGAACCGCAGGAAGCUCGUCAGUCCCUCUGCUUCCCUCCCCCAGUACCCGGCAAACCCUCGAUCAGACCGCUCGGUGACCUCGAACAGAAGCGGCUGAGCCUCCUUCCUGCUGGUCGAGGUGUCGGUUCCAUCGUGGGAGAUCGGAAUGUGUGCAGGGUCCAUCAAGUUCUCAAGCAGUAUGGAGUGGUCGUAAGGAAGCUCGUGGAUGGUCGAAACCUCCUGGUACCCUGGUUUCGCCACCGAUUCGAACCAAGGCAGCUUCUUCGCAUUCGGCGGCGUCCUCGACGACAUCCACACCCACAAGAUUCCUUGCGAAUCUCUGAUCUCGUACGAUCGGACGCAGGCCGAUUUGGGAAUCGUGCUCCCUGCAGGUAGCUGAGGUAUCUUCACGCAUUUCCCUUCUCCUCCUUCGAAUUGCCAGCCGUGAUACAGACACUCCAGCUUCCCGUCCGUAAUCUGCCCUUCUGAUAGCUUCGCCAACCUUAAAAUUCACAGGUCGAAAGCACAGAUUGUGAAACCUUACCAAGAUCAAACCAACAGUUCAAGGUAAAACAGAGAUCAACUUACCUGUGUGGGCAUCGAUCUUCGUAACAUCGGAACUGCCCUGCUCCAUCUCUGUACACCACAACCUGCUUGUCGAACACAGUGAGCCCCAACGGAGCGUCUUCGGGGACGUCCCGGGCGAAGUAGAGCGGGUACCACUCCUCCGUCCAGUCGUAAUCCGCCACCGCCACUCUCUCCUCGCUCCGCCCCGCUUCGAUCGAGGGAUCGCCGAACAGCACUGCUUCGUCGUUGUCGGAAUUUUGAUCCAUUGCAGGAGGAGGAGGAUGCGAGGUGGUGACUGCGUGGCACUUGCUGCUGCGGCGGCGAAGGCGGUUUGCGGCGGAGUUGGUGAUCACAGCGGGAGGAGGGAAGGUGGGUAUGGAGAAGGGAUAUUGGUUGGUGGGUCUGGUGCGGGAGAGGAUCAAUGGGUGGAGUAGGGAUGAUGAUGAGGAUGAUGAUAGAGCCAUGGCGACACCCUCCAUCUGCUAAGCGAAGUGAAGCGAAGGUAGUUGGGGAUGCAGGGGAAGAAGGAAGUGAGCGGUGGAAGGAGGGAAGAUUGGUGAUGGAGAGGUGUGGCAGCUUGCACGCAUUGUUCUUCUUGGGCUCGGCUUGAGGGACACGUUUACAGUUGGUUUUCGCGGUCGGCAGUUCACCACCACUCAAUACUCAUAUUGUUUUGAUCGGAAAUGAGCCACAGAAAAAAAGAAUAUGUUGUUUCCCUCCACUUUCUUCAACUCUUAUUAUAGGUUGGAAUUUGGCUCGAUUAGUAUUGUCAGUGGUUGCAGUGGCCGGAGCCAUGAUUCGGAACUACCCCUUUCUUUUUUCAAAAUAUAAAAAUAUAAAUAUUUAAUAAUUAAAAUUAAAAUUAAUAAUAUCAAAAUAAUUCAUUAAUAGAUAAAGAAAUAAGCGAUUAAUACAAUUAUUGUUUGCAUAAACAACCACGACGAGUUUUCAUAUUAUGAAAGAAUUACAAAAUACAUUAAUUGUUUACAUUCUUAAGUGAGCCUCUUUUGGCUCCUCAGUCGCGCCCGCGUCCGCCUCUCUCAUUCUAACUCUCACCGUCGCCCGCCCAGCCGGGACGACGAUUGCUGCCAGACUCUCGAGCAACUGUCCGCGGGCACCUUCUUCCGUCGAAAGGCAAGCCGCUCUCUCUGGUUAGGAAUUCCUGAGAGGGGGGAGACAGAUGAAGAUAGCAGUGGAAGGUUGUAUGCAUGGUGAUCUGGACAUAGUUUACCAGACAAUCCAGCACCUGGAGAAGUUGCAGGAUAUCAAAGUCGACCUUCUCCUCUGCUGUGGCGACUUCCAGGCAAUUAGGAACGAGAGGGAUAUGCAAAGCCUGAAUGUGCCACACAAAUUCAAGGAAAUGAAGUCUUUCUGGAAGUACUACUCCGGCCAGGAGGUUGCUCCCAUUCCCACCAUUUUCAUCGGUGGCAAUCAUGAAGCUUCCAAUUAUAUGUGGGAACUAUAUUAUGGAGGAUGGGCCGCUCCUAAUAUAUUCUUCUUGGGAUGUGCUGGAGUGGUCAAGUUUGGUAACAUUCGUAUUGGUGGGCUGUCUGGGAUUUACAAUGCCAGACACUAUCGUCAAGGGCAUGAUGAAAGACCACCCUAUAACCAAGACACGAUAAGAUCUGUGUAUCAUGUUCGUGAAUACGACGUACAUAAGCUCAUGCAAGUUACAGAACCGAUUGACAUCUUCCUUUCACAUGAUUGGCCUCUUGGCAUCACUGAUUACGGUAACUGGCAGCAACUUGUUCGGGUCAAACCAUACUUUGAAGAAGAAGUAAUUCUUAUGCCUCAAAUCUUUCUUCUGUGAUUCAUUUAUGUUACUGGUGCAAGUGCUAGAUGUGGAGAACCAUAGCACUACUGUUUUCAUUCACUAUUGCCUUACAUAAGUCUAUAAACCAUUGCAGAUGCAGGCAGGAACCCUUGGAAACAGAGCUGCUGCUGAACUGCUUGAAAAGUUAAAACCCCCGUGUUGGUUCUCAGCUCACUUGCACUGCAAAUUUGCUGCCCUCGUGGAUCAUGGCAAAGAUGGCCAAAAGACUAAAUUUCUUGCACUCGAUAAAUGUCUACCACAGAGAAUGUUCUUACAGAUUCUAGAAAUAGAGUCUGAUUCUGGACCUUUUGAGAUCCAGUACGAUGAAGAAUGGCUAGCAAUAACCAAGAAGUUUAACUCUAUCUUUCCGUUGACAAAACAAAAUGCAAACUUCAGGGAUACAACCCCAGAUAUCCAAGAUUGUCGUGAAUUUGUCCGGAGCAAGCUAGAAGCUAGAGGAGCCAAACCUUUUGAAUUUGCACAAACCGCUCCUGCUUUUGAUCCCAAUCAAUCUCGAUCAAUGGGCUCCUCCAGGGGGGAUGAAUGUCUUAGGAACCCUCAGACGGAGUCCUUCUUGCAGCUUUUGGAGCUUCCAUAUCUGCUAGACCAAGGAACUGCAAUAACAGCAGCAGCUGCUUAUCAUCAUCCUAGUCCAUCGAUCCAGAGAGAUACUGAAGAAAUACCGAUAGAUGACAUUGAUGAAACAGAAGACUAACACUGAACAGCAACUUCAUUGACAACUACAGCACCGA